AUGGAUACGUUCUUGGGCUCUACCCUGAGCAUCCCAGCAGAAGCGUCUCACCCAGUCUCUGCAAAAAUCCCGGCCCCGUUCCUUGUAAAGAAGACAGUUAGAAAGAAAACUGGAGAGUUGCUCAUCUUGUGGAUGAAAAAAAUCAAACAUUACAAAAUACUACGGAUUUUUAGUUUUAAACAAAUUCCAAGACAGAGUGGAAUACAGACUUAUCAGCUGAUUGCUAGUAGCAGAAAAUGUCUGGUAACUUUAGAACAUCUAAUGCCAUACUCUUCUCCAUUUAUAAGAAGAAGAUUGCCAGAUGCUAAUGUGAUUACUGCUUUUGAGAUGCCAAACAAAGCCCAAGAGGAUGCGGUGAUUAACCUGAAGUCAGUAGGAGAACUGGGACAGCAGCUAGGGUUUGAAUGGACAAUCGUUGCCAACGAGCUGGGAUUCAGUAGAGGUGAAAUAAGCCAAUUUCACAAAGCUACAGUGAAAAAGAAGAUCCAAGCCCAGAAAAUGCUAGAAUGCUGGUAUGAGCGAUCGUGGCAUAAACUGAACAAGACCAAGCUUCUCCAGGAUGCUCUGGAGCGGGCCGGAAGGAAAGAUUUGGCUGAUAAACUUCGCUGCCUGCACUGGGGUCACCAGAAACUAAGUAGCAGAGUGGAGCUCCCAUCAGCUUUUCCUUUCCUCAUCACCGUACACAAAACCAUCAAUAACAAAGAAGAGCUUAAGAAAAUUAAUCAACUUGGAAGCAACUUUAACUAAGUACAUACCUCAGAAUGGGCACAUCUCGGUAAUGCCACUGAGGUGGACGGGAUGCAGAAGCCGACUGAAUUCUUAUUUAUUAAGCCUUUAUUGUGUGCAGAGAGUACUGAACAAAGCAUUUGGGCCUGUACAUUACAACAGAGUUGGUAGGCACAUUACCUGUCUUCAAGAGAUGGAUGGACACUUGAACAAAGAAUCCAAGCUGAUGUGGAAUGGGAAAAAUGAAUGGAUAAGUAGGAGGGAGUGAGCUAUCUUGGUAGGACAGACACUUGAUAAAAGCAUGUGCUUGAAAUAUUUUCUGAUUACUCAAUGUGUAGCUAGCUGAAAUUAUACGACUUGCUUAGACUUCCAAAAUAUUUUAAUCACGUGGCUAUAACUUGAUGCUAGAAAAA